CGCAGUUGCUACGCCGGUCGGCAGCGCUUCUCGCCAGCGCCAUCUCGGCGAGCCCGUCGCGGCCCGGCGCGACCGCAGCUGCGGCUCUGAUCCGUGCAGCUGCCCGCGACAAAUUUAGCGCAUACAAUCGCCAAGUGCCAAAAAAACGGCCGAAUUAUAUCCAAUUGGGGCGCUCGGCCUUUACCUCAUUUCGGAACCCCAUCUUCCGAGCCGGCGUUGGUAAUGAGCAAGCAGCGCAGCAUGAAGCGGGCGGCCCAAGACGUCCCCGCGCACCCGAUGCUCAAGAAGCGCAAGGCCGGCCUCGAGACGCCGCCGCUGCAUGAGAUACCACCGACGCCGCAGGGCCCGGCGGCCAUGAUGCCACCAACGCCAGCGUACGGCCAAGCCGAGGCCGCCGAGACGUCGCGCGCCGCGCCGGCGCCGCCCGUCGACAUGAACCCUGUGACGCAGCGCAACUUUCGCGGCUGGCAAGUCGGAUCGCGCUACCGCCUCGUGCGCCUUCUCGGCAAAGGCUCGUAUGGCCAGGUGGCCGAGGCCUAUGACGAACUCAAGAACAAGCGCGUCGCUAUCAAGAAGAUCAUCAAUGUCUUUGACCAAGAGGUCGACUGCAAGCGCCUGUACCGCGAGAUUUACAUCUUGCGCCACCUCCGACAUUCGGAGGUGAUUACGCUUCUCGAUGUGCUCGAGCCGCCCAACCUCGAGACGUUCAAGGACCUUUACCUCGUCUUUGAGUUUGUCGACACCGACCUCCACAAGCUCAUCAUGAGUCCGCAGUACCUCACGACGCGCCAUAUCCAGCUCUUCUUGUACCAGCUGCUGUGCGGACUCAAGUACGUCCACAGCGCCAACGUCAUCCACCGCGACAUGAAGCCCGCCAACAUCCUCCUCAACGAAGACUGCACGCUCAAGAUCUGCGACUUUGGCCUUGCACGUGUCGUCGACGCGGCCAUCUACAAGGACCAAGGCGAGCCCGUCUCGCCGCAGUACCACCAGCGCGUCCGGUCGCCGACCGAUGGCGCUACGCCCAAGUUUCAGCGCCAGCUCACAAAGCACGUUGUGACGCGCUGGUACCGCGCGCCCGAGCUCAUUCUGCUCCAGGACUAUGGCUACGCGGUGGACCUCUGGAGCGUCGGGUGCAUCUUUGCCGAGCUCUUGUCGAUGCAAGCCGAGAGCUACCCGCAGUACCAGGUACUCUGCCCUGUCCCAUCGAUCCUACAAUGGAAUGCGUCGAUAGUCGCGGACGCCGAUCUUUCCGGGCCGGUCGUGCUUUCCGCUGAGCGCCGACCGACCGACGACGUACUCGGACAAGCUCGACCAGCUCAACGUGAUCUUUGGCGUCAUCGGUACACCCAAAGAAGAGGACAUUGGCAACCUCGGCGAAGUCAAGCAGUACCUCCGGAAACUCAACAAGAAGGAGCCCCGCGAUUUGAAGGAGCUCUACCCUGGCGCGCCGCCAGAGGCGCUCGACCUCCUCAAGCAAUUUCUGACCUUCAACCCCGACACGCGCAUUAGCGUGGAAGCGGCGCUCCAGCACCCGUUCUUGAACGAGGUGCGGUCACUGCGGAAGGAAGCGGUGGAGCUGCAGCCGCUCGACAUGGGCUUUGAGAACGUGCCGCUGGACCGCGCGCAACUCAAAGCGCGCAUUUACGAAGAAAUUCAGUGCUUCAAAGCGCUCAACGCCGAGGCCGAUGCGCAGGCCGAACGCGCCGCCGAGAGCAGCGUCAUGAACAAGGUGGUGCCGAUGCCACAAGACCUGUCCGCCGCAGGUACGACGACGACGACGUAAGCGCAUUUAGAAGAGGAGCGCGUCUGUAUGUAUAAUUCGAUUAACUAGCAAGUGGUGUACCAAUACUAAGUAGGACGAGCGACGGUCUAGAAUGGACAUACCUUGUCCAUGACUCAGUGCACGCAGGAAGCUUGAGCGACGAGCCACAUCGCAGCCCACCGAGGUCGCACGCACGAGGUGCGUCGCAGUCACAAUGAGCGUCGACAGUGAAUGGACGUUCUUGUGUACACAUGGAAAAUGGACUUUUUUUUGUCAUCCAAAAAACAAAAUAUUUGCGCAGUGUCGACGCUGGGGUUAGGCGUGGACCACAAGCGCCGACCAAUAGUCCACUUCGGCUUGGCUCAAAUGCUCGUCAGGCGACGCGACCGUCGUCGACAGCGACACAAGAUCGGCUGGCGCCGUCGCAGCCUGUGCCGGCAACCGCAUCGCAAUUUCAUCCAUCGAAGCA